GGAAUGAAUGCCGCACUGCGCCCCUCCCCUAUAUUAUACCAUCCUGAUAUGUAUGUAGACUAUAUAAAUAGGUGGUGUUGCAAGGCAAGUUUGCGGCAUAUCCUCGGCGUUGUUUUAGGUUAUUUUAGGUUGUUUUAAGUUGUUUCAGGUUGUUUCAGGUUGUUUCAGGUUGAGAGUCGUUCAUCGCAGUUGCAUUAAAAUGGCACCUUCAGAAAGCAAAAAAACCCGGUCUCCGCUCCAAAGUAUUCUCUCGGGAGGCAUCUCUGGCGGAGUUGAGAUCUGUAUGACAUACCCCACAGAGUUUGUCAAGACUCAAUUGCAGUUGGAUCAGCGAUCGGCCACCCCCAAGUAUAAAGGAGCCAUCGACUGUGCCAGGCAAACCAUUAAAAAUAAAGGUUUCUCGGGCCUAUACAAAGGUAUUACGCCCCUUCUAGUGGGCACCAUCCCCAAAGUAGCGUCCCGAUUCACGGCGUACGAGCAAGGAAAGGCUCUCCUCGCAGACGAGAAUGGAAAGCUCACGGUGGGCCGAACAUUCUGUGCGGGUCUAAUGGCCGGUGCAACAGAGGCGGUGUUGGCGGUUACACCAAUGGAGACCGUGAAGGUCAAGUUCAUUGCCGACCAGAGUUUACCCAACCCGCGGUACAAGGGUCUUAUUCACGGCGUGAGCACAAUCGUCAAGGAAGAGGGUCUGAGUGGUAUCUACAAGGGAGUUGGCCCUACUAUCGUUAAGCAAGCUUCAAAUCAGGCUAUCCGCUUUGUAGUAUACAACCGUGUCCGUGAAACACUUUGCGCGAAAUUAGAACUAGACGCUUCUGUACCGCACGUAGGUGUCACCAUGGCUGCUGGUGUGGUUGCUGGAACCGCCAGUGUCUACGGAAACACACCCAUAGAUGUAGUCAAAACCAGAAUGCAAGGUCUGGAAUCGAAACAGUACAAGAACUCGUUUGAUUGUUUCAAACAAAUAGUGCAGAAGGAAGGAUGGAGUGCACUGUACAAGGGCGCCACUCCUCGUUUGAGUCGUGUCGCUUUAGAUACCGCUAUUGUAUUUACGCUAUAUGACUUAAUUUCUGCUCAGCUAGACAAUCUUUUCGCCGAUAAGUAAUAAAUUAAUAGCUAAAGGACCCGUCCAUUCUAGUUUUGCCCACAUGGUCGAUUAUUUACAAGAAAAUACGCGCUUCACUGAGAGUCCACUCAGAAGUAAAUAUUGAUUGUGAAUCCCAUUCGCCCGUAUUACGAGGUUAAUCGAGUAUGCACUCACUACAGCCACGAAGAAGCUCAGAAGCCACUCAGUCUUCAAGAGUUGAAUGGUCUAGUCGGUCACAGAUAGCAAUACAUAAAGGCGCACUUGAGGUGUUUCAAUACCGCAGAAGUGAGUGUCUCAGGGAUGCCAUUGCACAUAGUGACGAGGUCUAGCGUACCCGUGAACGAAAGGUUCAUGCUCGUAGCUCAAGGCGAUGGAUAUCUGCUGAACAAAUUGGUCAUGUUCGUAGCUCGAGACGAUAAACAAAAACCGCACCGGCCAGUACGAUUGGGUGACGAUUAGCUGUGAAUGCUCUGCCGCGAUGCUCAGCAACGGUGAUCUGGGAAUGAUAAGGUGGAUUGCGGGUAUACGACGAAUGUUGGUUGUGAGAAACUUGUUCAAAUCAAUGCUAGAUGCAAAGAGGAUCCAUUAAGCUGUGAAAUGAAUCCCGGAGUAUGAACUUUCCUUCCUAUCUGAUAGUGUAUCACAUUGUCAAUGGAAAUGCAUUUUUAACGAGAUGCUACAUAAUUGAAAAACUGACGGCCUCCAGAAACUCAUGAAAUCGAGUGUACAACUCUGCCGGAUAGAUGUCAGACACAAUGGAACGACCCCGCAGCGCAGAUCAUACGUAGUGAACGCUACGAUAUGGCAUCUGACUGCAAAUGGCCUAUGUCUAUUACC